AAACAUUCCGCCAAUGGACUCGCCCGUCGUUAGGCCUUUGCAGUAGGGAGUUGUUUGGCGGAGCCCGCAAGUUUUUCGUUACUUUACAUGUUAUUUUUCUUUCCCAAAAGAAGGGCGAAUUCACCGUUUUCACCGCCGCUUGCCUCGUCGUCCACUCGGUGUGUCGACGGACCGUGAAACAAAGUGUUGUUUGCGUGGCGGUGGUCCACAACCAGGGGGCCGAAGGAGGCAGGAGGACCGCGGUGAGUCGGACGGACUACGGCGGAGCUUAUGAUGCCGACGUUGCGGGACAGCACCAUGUCCCACCCCGGCGAGAAUUCCCACCAAGUCCGGGUGAAAGCGUAUUAUAAAGGGGACAUCAUGAUCACUCAUUUUGAGCCGUCCAUCUCAUACGAGGGUCUGUACGGGGAGGUGAAGGACAUGUGCUCCAUGGACAAUGACCAACUUUUCACCAUGAAGUGGAUCGACGAGGAAGGUGACCCCUGCACCGUCUCGUCUCAGCUGGAGUUGGAAGAAGCUCUGCGCCUCUACGAGCUCAACAAAGACUCAGAGCUCAUUAUCCACGUGUUUCCAUGUGUGCCAGAGAAACCCGGCAUGCCCUGUCCGGGAGAAGACAAGUCAAUAUAUCGGCGUGGAGCCCGGCGCUGGAGGAAGCUUUACUAUGCCAGUGGUCACGCCUUCCAGGCCAAGCGCUUCAACCGGCGAGCCCACUGUGCCAUCUGUGCAGACCGUAUCUGGGGUCUGGGAAGACAAGGCUACAAAUGCAUCAACUGCAAACUGCUGGUGCACAAGAAGUGCCAUAAACUGGUCACAGUGGAGUGUGGCAGACCAAUGAUCCAGGAACCAAUGAUGCCUGGAGCUCCAUCGAGUCCAUUAGAUCCAACUGAACAGCCAGGCCCGCAGAAUAAAGACUCCAGAGAAAGCUUGCCUUACGAUGGAGAGGAGAAAGAGGCACGAAGCAGUAGAGACACGGGGAAAUCGCCUUCCAGCCUGGGCCUGGCAGACUUCGACCUGCUGAGGGUGAUCGGUCGAGGCAGCUACGCCAAGGUGCUGUUGGUGCAGCUGAAGAAGACGGAGCGCAUCUACGCCAUGAAGGUGGUGAAGAAGGAGCUGGUCAAUGACGAUGAGGACAUCGAUUGGGUUCAAACAGAAAAGCAUGUGUUUGAGCAGGCGUCUAAUCAUCCCUUCCUGGUUGGCCUACACUCCUGUUUUCAGACAGAAAGCAGACUCUUCUUUGUUAUUGAAUAUGUGAACGGUGGAGAUCUCAUGUUCCACAUGCAGAGACAAAGGAAACUCCCAGAAGAACACGCCAGAUUCUACUCAGCAGAGAUCAGUCUGGCGCUCAACUACCUCCACGAGCGGGGAAUCAUCUACAGAGAUCUGAAACUGGACAACGUGCUGCUGGACUCUGAGGGACACAUCAAACUUACAGACUAUGGCAUGUGCAAGGAGGGUUUGAGACCAGGCGAUACAACGAGCACUUUCUGUGGUACCCCCAAUUAUAUCGCCCCCGAAAUACUCAGAGGAGAGGAUUAUGGUGAGAAUUACAAGACGCAAGCACUUAACAGAAAUGCUAUCCAUUUCUUUGCUAUGAUACAGUAUAUGAGGCAUUAUGCAGUAAUAUCUGGGAUGCUGCUUUCAGUCAUGAUGAUGGAUGCUACUGUGCUGCAGUACCUGGGUUAUCUGUACUACUUACAAGACCUUUAAAUGAAUAAACACACU